AAAAAUUACAAAAAAUUAUUCGCCCAGACAACGGCCCGCCUUCUUCUUCAGCAUCCACUCGACCAGUGGACCAGUAAUCGGCCGAGAGCCCGAGACUGCAUCAGGCCACCUGCGUCCGCCGCACUAUCAGACGAGGGACGACUGGAAGAAAACUGAACCGGCCUCCUCCGCAGCUCUGAGACCCAUCCACCGGAUAUCUUUGAACGACUGCCGCCCAGCGUGAUUGCGUCCGUUCGCCGCGCCUGUACGCCGCAAAAGUUCCGGUUUCUGACUCACUACUCAGCCAGAUAACAAUAAGGCUACUGUAGACUGCCAAAUCUCUCUGGUGAAUCAUUGACAUGCUAAGAGUUUGUACACUUUAUGUGUAAUAUAUCCCUGAGGACCCUGACUCUCUGGGAACCUGCGGUUUAUAUAUAUUUAACAUGGGUUGCACAAAGACAAAGUGAUGGUGGAAGAUCCUCAUUCAGUAAAUAGUCCUCGGAGAAUUCUCAGUUUUACAAAAAACAAGAGGGCAACUGUUGUCUUCCCAGAUUCAAAUCAAAAGGCUUCAGAAUUUGCUCUUCCUGGGGAUCACGGACCCAAUCCUUCUGAAGUUUAUGGAUUCGUUGGGUCUAUUUCUACCGUUGUUGCUACAGUUAUCUUUCUUGUGUGGGCAUAUGUCCCUGAGAAUUGGUUGCAUUCAGUCGGGAUCUUCUACUAUCCAAGCAGGUACUGGGCAUUGGCUGUGCCAGCAUAUGUUAUGAUGACCGUAGUUCUAUCAGUAACAUUUUACAUUGGUCUCAACUUCAUGUCCACACCUCCCCCCACUUCUUUCACCACCAUGUUUGAUGAAUUCAGUAGAGAACCAUUGCUGAGCAGUGCUUUUAUAGACGAUGAAGAUGAUGAGAGACCCAUUGAUCCGAUCUCUGAUAUUGGCAUUGAUCAAAUUAAUAAAAUAAUGUUUCAGAAUUUUGAUUAACAUUUUUUUGCUAGUCACCACUAGCAGCCUUAUAACAUUGCUUUGUAUGUCGCUAUACUUGGUAAUUGUGAUCAAUGGAAAAAUUAAAGAAAACAGAUUUAUGCAGAAGGAAAUCAUGAGAUGAACACCCU